AGAGCGCCAGUUGGCAGUUGGAGCCCCCAGCGUAAACCAGUGUCGUUGGCCAUGCGAGGAAUGGAGCCGUUGCCGCUUAGCCGCGAGCCCCCACCGCCACCUCCCAAGCACCACCGCGGGAUCGGCUUCUCGAUCGAGGCGCUGAUGAGUUCGCCCGCCGUGCCGGCGGCACCGACGAGCCUGCUUUGCAUGUGGCCCGCCACCGCCGAGUGGAUGAUGCGUGCCGCGCUGCAACCGCCGCACGGAUUCUUUCCCGCGGCCGCGCCCCGGUGCGAGCCCAGGAGCGAGCCGGCAACAGGCGAGACGUCUCCGGUGUCCAGCUGCCCGCCAUCACCGCUGGCCUGGUGUCACACCGCGGGCGACUCGGCCGCAGCCUCGGACAGCGACGGCGACUGCGGCCCUCCUCACGAAGGCAGCCCGCGACCGGCGAGCCUCGUCGGACGUCCCGAGUGCGCCGACAAACGCAGCGGCCACGCGGCCCACCACCAAGCGCAGCACGGACACAGCCAAAGCCAAUCCGCAUCGCAGCACCAGCACCAGCAACACCAGCAGCAGUGCCGGCGCCGGCGCACGGCUUUCACGAGCGAGCAGCUGCUGGAGCUGGAGAAGGAGUUCCACUCCAAGAAGUACCUGUCCCUGACAGAGCGGUCGCAGAUAGCGCACGCGCUGCAGCUCACCGAGGUGCAGGUGAAGAUAUGGUUCCAGAACCGGCGCGCCAAGUGGAAGCGCGUCAAGGCCGGGCUCACCGCCGGCCGCGGGCCUCAGCAGCACUCGGACGCGCCACGGAUCGUAGUUCCCAUUCCGGUUCACGUGAACAGGGUGGCGCUGCGCAACCAGCAACAGCAGCAACAGGCCGAACCAAAGGGGCCGGG